CAUUUGUUAUUCUGUUCAGAUUUUUCGAAAAACAGAGGGAGAGCUAAAUUCUGUAAAAAGGCCGCAAAUAUUGUUAUUCCAGCACCCUCCUUCCUGGUUGUAACGAAAAAUGCAUCAUGAACUUCUUCUAGCAUUGAGUGGAUAUACGGGCAGUAUAUUCGUUCUACGUAAUAAUAGUAUUGAGGUUGCUCCUGAUCUACCGUUCCUUCAUUGCAAUGAGAUUGCACUUUUGAAUCGCAUGUGUAAACUUGGAACACAUUACAAACAAUUUCAAGAUUUUAUUGCAAAGUAUUCUGGAAAGCCAUCAUUACCUUCCACUGAGGUUCCUAAAACCACCCCUGAAAAUGAGCUGAAAGAUGGUUUGUACAUAAGGGCUUUGUGUGUAGGCCUGGACAGUGUGCUGGAUUCAUACAGAAAAGUUCUACUAAGAUUAGAACAAGAAGUCCUUCGAGAUGUUCAUUUACCUCUAUCGCACAUCCAGCAAGCUUUGGAAGAAUUCCACCCAGUAUUCACUGAGCUCUCUGUGUUACUUGAUCAACUGAUAGCUCGCCGUGUACAUGGCUGCCAUUUGCUUGAAGUUCUUCAUCACCGUAGUGUCUGCGGCAUUCCUCAUGUUAGAGACACCAUCCUCCAAAUAACCCAGAUUUGUCAUUGUGUAAUGUACAAGCAGCUGACUGCCUGGCUCCUGCAUGGCAUGUUGUUAGACAAGUACAAAGAGUUCUACAUUCACCAGGUCCCUAGGCAAGUGGAAGAAGAGGUUAAAGCACAAGAUGUAGCAUCAUUGAACACCCCUGACAUCCCAGAUAAACAACUCCAAGAAGCAUUGAAAUUAACAGAAGAAAGUUCAUCAAGUGAAUCGUGUCAAUGGAGUUUUGCUAUUAACCCUGGCAUGCUGCCAAGCUACAUCCCUACACGAGUGGCUGACAAGAUUCUCUUUGUUGGAGAAGCCGUACAAAUGUUUGAAAACAAGAAACAGAAAAGCUCAUCUAAAUACAGAGGUUCCAUUCUACAAGCCCAAGAAGAAGAGUUUUCCAGUGAUUUUUACAGACUUCAACAACAAUCUAUGUUUAGUCUUCCUGCAUUUGAAGAAAGUAUCGAUAAAAUCCGAGGAUGUGUGGCCCAGCAUUUAUGGACUCUAGUGGUAGAAGAUUCAGAUCUGCUAGGCCAGCUUAACACCCUCAAAGACUUCUUUCUUCUUGGGCGAGGUGAACUGUUCUUAGCUUUUAUUGACCAUAGUCAGCACUUACUUAGGGUUCCACCAACACCAACAACAGAACAUGAUGUGAAUGUAGCAUUCCAGCAAGCUGCCCAUAAAGUUCUGAUGGAGGAUGAAGCACUGUCAAUGUUUAAACUCACCAUAGCAACCAAGCCCCAAAGCAAAACAGCUGGCAAGAAGCCUGAAAAUGUUGGGCAGACGUCAGGCUGGUCGUCGUUGGGUAUGGCUUUCUCUGUCCAAUGGCCACUACACAUUCUCUUUACACAGAGUGUAUUGGAUAAGUACAAUACAAUGUUUAAGUUUUUGUUGAAUGUGAAGCGAGUGCAACUAGAGCUUCAGCAAUGCUGGGCCACACAGAUGCAACAGAAACAUCACAUGUCUCAACGAUGGGAUGCAAACAAGUGGCGUCUUCGCAACAACAUGGCAUUUUUAUUAGACAAUCUUCAGUACUACCUACAGGUCGAUGUCCUUGAAAGUCAGUUUACUGCGUUGAUUCAAAAGAUCCAAUCGACACGUGAUUUUGAAGAAGUCCGCUUUGCUCAUGAUCAAUUUCUCGCAUCACUCAUGGCUCAGUCUUUCCUACUUAUGAAGCCAGUUCGUCAUUGUCUGAACGAGAUAUUAGAUGUAUGCCACUCAUUCUGCACGCUCCUGAUGCAAAGCGUAACCAUGACAGCACGUGAGAUAUCUUACAUGGAAAGAAUUGCACAGGGCUUCAAUCGACAAUCGUCACUGCUGUUCAAAAUUUUAAGCGGUGUGCGUAGUCAUCAAACAAGUCCGCAUCUCAGUCAGUUCAUGUUGAGGUUGGACUUCAAUAAGUUCUAUAGCCAGUCAGGAGGAUUACUUGGAAGCUUCACAUAUAGAGGAACAAGUACACAAGAUCAAAAUAAAUCAUCAUAGUUGUAGAUGUUUAAAGCCAGACACAAUACUGCGGCCUCAACCAAUGCGAUUUUAUGGAGAACGCCACAAAAGGUGCUCAACGGAUCGUUUUUAAUGACCAUCAGCGCAGAAUGUAACAGAAAAUGAGCAGAUGGCAUCGUGCUGUCUAGUGCUCGCUGUGAGCGGAGUUGGAUUCGUCGUAUUUGCCAUUGUACGAUGCAGUGAACACCUGGAUUAACGUCAGGUGGCCUGAAAUCAUCUACAGAGAUUGUAUAAAUUUGUUUUUACCAGUCUUAAGCUGAUAACUUGGUUCUUCCUUUCCAAUCCUAGGGUCCUGUGUUCAAUUCCUGUUAUGGUAACAAGACCCUUUAUCAAGAACAAAAACAACUCCAUUUUGCAAACCUGUGAUAAUGAGUAUUUAAAGCAUCUUGUUUGUAUGUUUGUUUUGCAAAAGGAUUGCCCACUUUGUAAAGUGAUUAGUUCACUAUAUGCAUCCUUGGCCCUGUGUGCCUAAAAAUUAAUUACAUAACUAAUUCACAACAGACAUGUUGAAUGUAGAAGUAUAAUCACAUAAUAUAUGUAUUGACUUUUUCUGUACUAAAAGAUACUCUAUUAAGUGAAUUAAUAUUUUUCCCUUUACUUCUCUGUUUUUAAUAAAACAUUAAAGGAAGAUUAUGAACUAUAUUGCACUCUGUAAAUUGUUUUGAGAGUGAGAAGUGACUUUCAAAUGUUUCCAUAAUCUUUCUUUAAAUAAAACAAGAGAAAAGAAAA